CGGUCUUGAGCUCUUGAAAUGGAUCUAUCUUACACAUCAAUUGACGUCCAACCAAAGGACAGAUUUACACCGGCAAAAUACCUCUGCACAACAUGGAGCUCUCUACCACCAUCAUUCCACCUUCCGCACCCCAUACACACACUUUCGUCUUUCUCCACGGCCGUGGAGACACCGCUCAAAAUUUCGCUUCGUCACUGAACUUCUCACAGGACUCCCACAACCGCUCCCUGUUGGAGAGCUUCCCCUCCUUCCGCUGGGUAUUCCCUCAAGCAGAGAUGCGGCAAACUACGACCCUUGGGGGCCAGAAAACUUCUCAGUGGUUCGACAUCUGGAAUGUGACUGAUUUAUCUGAUCACGAAGAGCUCCAGGCGAUGGGGUUGAGGGAGAGUGUUGCCAGUAUUCGGCACAUUCUUGCGAAAGAGGCGGCAAUGUUGGAUGGAAAGUGGGAUCGCAUUAUUCUGGGCGGAAUCAGUCAAGGAGCUGCGACUGGUGUUCAUACGUUGCUGAAUCUGAAUGUCCCGCAGAAACUUGGUGCUUUUCUUGGAUUCUCAUGCAGGAUGCCUUUCCCAGGAAGAUCACUCGCGCAUACUCGUGGGGUGCUCAGUCUCGAGGACGCACCGGAUACUGAUGAGGCCCUGGGAGACACACCUGUAUUACUUCAACAUUGCGUCAAUGAUCCACUUGUUUUGGUAGAAUGGGGUCGAAUUCUACGAGACACUUUGAAGAGAUUUGGAGCGCAAGUUACGUGGGAGGAGUAUCCUGACGGUGGACACUGGUUCAAUUCGCCAAUGGGAAUAGACGAUGCUGUCGAGUUUCUGAAAAGUCAUGUUGCUCAGAUCUCGAGUGCUGAAGAAACUAUGACAACCCAGACAGACUAGUAACUGACUCAAAGGAUCUAUCUCAGAAGCGUCAUGACAAUGUUGGUUCGUUUUGGUGUAGCUCUGUCACUGGGUACGAUUGUGCGAACGGCAGAGUGGAAACUAGGUUCCACAAUCCCAAUAAUACUUCAGACUUCUUAACUGUAGGCUUGACAACACUGAAUAAGCUAAAUCUGCUUUUCUAUUCCUGUC